CAAUAUCAUGGAUUUAGCAUGAUUAUGAGAGAUUUGGUGGUUGACAGCGACUGGCUCGCAUACUAAUAAGAUUGAAAUAUCUGUGCACACCUAAUCAUUGGUGACUUUGAGCACAUCGAUUACCACAGUAAUUGCACUUAAACAACAUAAAGUCGAUCAGUACAUCAUACUUGUACAUACUUUUAUAUAUGAGAGUAUGACUGAGUGAGAGAACGCUCUAUCGCAGCUGUCGCUUGAAGGAUGUAAGAAUGCUGUAUGAUGGAGCGAGUUUAUUUUUACCGCACUUUCUUCUGUGAUUUCUAGCCUAAUAAAAUUCCAAGAAGUUAAUCUUCGACGUAGGACGUUCCCAAACACGCCACCGAGGUAGAGCAUUUUUCAAGAGAUAUCAUUCAAGAGCAUUGUUGACGGUGCUGCCGAGAUAGAGCGUGCAUCGAUAAGUCAUUGAAAAAUAAAUAUAUAUUGUAUAUGGACCCUUGUUACUUUUUAGGAACUGGCCCUACGGAAGGAAAUUGCAGGCGAUGAUAGUAUAAAUAGGCCGAUGUAUUAUAGUGUCACGUAUAAAUACUACCAUACACGUGGCAUAGUAACGCGCACCCGACCUUAAUUCCUCUCUUGUUAAAAUAGCUUGUAAAACAAAAUAAUUGAGCGAUCGCGCAAUGAGCGCUUAUUUUACUAUAUUAAAAAGGAAGAUAUUAGUAUGCCAAACCCGGUCAGCGGCACAGUGCGAAAUGGGCCGCCCUUACAGCACGCAGCGGGCUGCAGUCUGCACGAUCGCGACGCUCGAUCGGCUCGGCGUUCGCAGGAAAGGCAGCACAUCUCACUACAUCUGCCGCAACGGAGGUGCAUCGCGAUCUCGCCAAUUCGAGCGGAUGCUACCUGAUAUGAUGCCUUACUUUUAAUCACUCCCCAUAACAGUAAAAAUUGUACAAAUCAUAGGUGUCGUUUAAAUUUUCGACUUUACUUACUGUUACUGUGUUAUAAAUUUAUUCUUAAGUAAAAUGCCACGUGAGACGCGGCGUUGUUGCCUAUAAUCGCGAGUAGUGCCGUCGUUGAAAGAUUUUCCACUAAUUAUGAAAAACUAAUAAAAAUUAACGUACCAUAUGCACCAAAUCGGAGGUAAACACCACGUCGUCAAUGUCUUGAACAUGCUCUGCUAUCACUCUAGCAGCAGCCUCCGUUUUCGCAUUUCGAAUGUUGGACAACAUUUCGAACAAACGGAUUUACACAGAGAAAAAUGAGAAAAAUAGGAAAGUAAAGAAAAAUGAGAAAAAUAGGAAAGUAAAGAAAAAUAGAAAUAUAAAAGAAGAAUGUAAUAUAGAAGGGAGUACGUUUAAAGUAAAGAAUGAAAUAUAGAUGAAAUGAAUAGAUGAAAGAUAAGCCGACAAAGUAGUAGACUUAAUGAAAAGGAUAAAAAAUAAAGAGUAGAUAUAAAGAGUAUAGAGUCGAGAGUAUAGAUGAUAAGCACAACUAUAAGCACUAGAAGCACGAAAAGUAAAACGAUGCAGCACGCUCGGGAGUUACUUUCGUAAUGAGCAGAUAAACCGUCAAGACAAAACAGCGCUACUGCUACUCAACAAUUCGUCGAAUUUUUUCAAAGUCUAUGUAAACAAGCGCUAAGCUGAGCCCUUUGCGCGCGUGCUACCGCCGCCGCCGGCCAGCGUCGCCCCCCGCCCCUCCGCCUCGCCCAGUACCUAUAGCCCGCCUUGACAUUUCGCGCGGUAUCUUCGGGCCGCAGUAAGACUAUAGGUAGUUUAUACGCGGUAUUAAUUGUCGCUGAGUUCGUUAGUGCAUCACUACCCGUAACCUCGCAUUCGUGCUACAGUCGUCGUCGCAUCAACACGAUUUGGACCAUGGGGAAUGUUUUUAGCAGCACUUCAAGUGAAAAGAAGGAGGAAUCGGCAGCGAAACGGCACUGCCACAAGUGUGCGGAACAGCCAGCUAGGCCAGGAUCGCCCUGGCAAUGUCAUUCGUGCAUGCAGCAGUCUUCUGGGCGGCCAGCUGCAUCAGAUUCGCCCUGCCAGUGCUGUAAAGAGCAGUCGUCUGUGCAGCCAGCUGCACCAGGUUCGUCCUGCCAGUGUUGUAAACAGCAGUCGUUUGUGCAGCCAGCACCAGGAUCGUCCUGCCAGUGCUGUAAACAGCAGUCGUCAGUUCAGCUAGCCGCCGCCACAAGAUCGGUUUGCCAGUCUUCUGGGCGGCCAGCCUGCACCGCUGCAAAGGUUGCUGAGCCUCACCAAUGCCGUCAGAGAGAGCAGGAGAGAGCUUGCGAGAACUGCCGCAUUUUAGAAGAGCGGCUGAAGAGAUCGAGAGAAGAUUUGGAAGAGCAAAACAAGGAAAUUGUAGAUUUGCGUAAAAGAAGGAAAUUGGAUCAAGCUUACAUUAGAAAAUUAAAAAAUAAAUAUUGAAUAAAAAUUACAUUAUAGACAGUA